UUUCGGCUCUUUAAAUACGGCGCAUCAUUGGAACUUCAUUUCAGAGUUCGAUAUCGGCACGAGCAGAUAAAUUUCAGCUUUGAAAAUACCACCAAGCAACUAAGGUCUAUUUCCAAACAGAAUCCAAGGUCUGAAUUCAUUCCUGCAAUCUUCUUCCUUUACUCGCUGAGCUACAUAACUGAAACAACAUGCCUGGAAUUGAGAAUAACAGGCUUAAGGCCUUCAAGAACAAGAACAAGGAUACUUCUGAACUACGAAGAAGGCGUAAUGACAUGAGUGUUGAGCUACGCAAGGCCAAAAGAGAUGAACAGAUGCUCAAGAGAAGGAAUGUUAACACAGAAGAAGAGCCAGUUAGUCCCUUGCAAGAAAAGAAACAGCCCACUGUUCAGAUGACCAUUCCAGAAAUCUGCAAAGCAAUUGCUUCAAGUGAUUCCACAACACAGUUCAAUGCAGUACAAACAGCAAGGCGAAUGCUGUCUCGUGAACGUCAGCCUCCAAUUAAUCCAAUCAUCAAAGCAGGACUAGUGCCUAAAUUUGUCAACUUCCUUGGCCACAGUGAUAACCCAACAAUGCAAUUUGAAGCUGCAUGGGCCUUGACCAACAUUGCCUCAGGAACCCCAGAGCAAACCAAGGUUGUUGUCAGUGAAGGUGCUAUUCCAGCCUUUGUCAAGCUUCUAUCAUCAUCCCAUCAGAAUGUGUGCGAGCAGGCUGUUUGGGCCCUUGGCAACAUUGCUGGUGAUGGUCCAGAAAUGAGAGAUGUAGUGACACGCCAUGGUAUCCUCCAGCCUCUGUUGGAGCUCUAUCAACCAUCCACCCCUGUUCCAUUCCUGCGUAACGUUACCUGGACAUUGUCCAACCUCUGUCGCAACAAGAGUCCACCCCCAUGUGAUGAGGUGGUGUCUGGUGUUCUCCCUGUACUUCAGUCCCUCAUCCACCAUUGUGAUAAAGAAAUUGUUGCAGAUGCCUGUUGGGCUCUUUCUUAUCUCACAGAUGGCAGCAAUGAUAGAAUUGAACUUGUCAUCAAGGCUGGUGUUGUGCCUAGAGUUGUUGAACUUCUGAGGAGCAAUGAAAUCUCAGUAAUAACGCCUUCUCUAAGGACAAUAGGAAACAUUGUUACAGGAACUGAUGAACAAACACAGACUGUAAUUGAUUGUCAAAGCUUGCCAGUGUUUGUCAGCCUCCUACAACAUCCCAAGCAGAACAUCCAGAAAGAAGCUUGCUGGACCAUUAGUAACAUCACCGCAGGCAAUGUACAGCAGAUUGAGUCUAUCGUCAAUGCUGGGCUCCUUCCCCCACUUGUUGGUGUUUUAGAAAAGGGUGAAUACAAGAGCCAGAAGGAAGCAUGUUGGGCAGUGACCAACCUGACCUCAGGAGGGUCAGUAGAACAGAUUGUACAGAUGGUCCAAGCUGGUUGCAUCAAACCACUCUGUGAUCUUCUAAAUGUCAAGGAGGCAAGGAUCAUCCAAGUCAUUCUAGAUGCCCUCAAAAAUAUCCUUUCUGCUGCUGACAAGCUUAAACAGCUUGACAUUGUCUGCGAAAUGAUUGAGGAAGCCGAGGGCCUGGAUAAAAUUGAAGCACUUCAACAGCAUGAGAAUGAGAAUGUCUAUGAGAUGUCACUUGAGAUCAUCGAAAAGUACUACUCACCACAGGAAGAGGAAGACGUGACAGUUGCCCCAUCAACAACCAACAGUGGAACAUUUGAAUUCUCAGCUCAGCAAGCCACAGCUCCACAGGAUGGUUUUGCAUUUUAAACCGAAUCUGUCUUAAUGCUUCCCUGUCAAAGAAGUGUGUUUUCAGAUGGUGUUGAAUAAUAUUCCAUCUUGUUCAGAGAUAUAACAUUUUGUGGAUGUAUUUGUCUAUUGUGUAUAAAUAUGUGGAAGCAUGUUGGUGCAGUCAGUUUUCGUGCUAUGUCUCCUUGCAGUUCCAAUAACAUUUUCAAUUCUAUGCAUGUGGCGAAGGGAGAUGUAAAUAUGAGGUUAUCUACAAUUCGUGUGCAAAGUCACACCUUGUAUCUUGUCUUGAUCGGAUCAGAGUUUGAAGAUUAUCUUAAUUGUGAUUUCAUUGCUGGGUUUGACCUGAGGAUUGCUAACGUGAAGCAACAUGCCAUAUUGAUUCCCAGUUUGUAAUAAUAUUUGGUCUUUUAGGCAUUUGUAUAAAAUGUUGUAUGUGGCACAUAUGACAGUAUUGACUGCUUGAAUUUCGAAAGUGCAUUUGGAUUGCAUAUGUUUAUAGAAUUCCUUCUUCGGUGAAGCGGUGUAAAUAGAUAGUAAAUGAUUAAGCUCAGAAUAAUAAACUUAUCCUGCCAUUAAUAAUCAUCUGAACAUGAAAAUCUAAUAUGAUAGAGUUUAUCAAGCUGAUGAGAUGACCUAGAAUUGAUGAAAAAAAAGAUUGAGAUACAUGAAUGUGCAGCUUUUACUUUCUUCAAGUUGUGUCUAGUCGGUAUUACGCAAUCUUGAUGAAAUAGAUGGAUGCUGCAGAUGAUGCAAGUAUGUGUAUGUGUAACAUUCAUUUGGUGCCUUUUUUCAGUUGUAUGAAAAUCUUGUUACAAAUUAUUUUUUGUGUUGCAUUUAUUUCCAACAUGAUCAUUGAUGUGAAAGCUCAUACUUUACUGACAUUCCAAAUUUUUUUCUUACAGGAUAAAGACUGAAAUCUUUUACAUUUUUGUUUUCUAUAAACUAUGAUCAGCUAACACAAUUUUUCUCUCCACAGGUUUUUGUACACUUGUAUAUACAAAACAUUAUUUUGUACAAAAGAGCAAUAUUUAUGAAUUCUGACAGUCAGAACUUGAAAACAAAACUCAUUCACUUGCAGAAUAGCAAGAGCAAUAAACCACUU